CGGCGGGUUCCCUGGACGCCACUUCUCUUGUCUGAGGGGCGCCGCACAGGAGUUAUCAAGAAGCCGCCAGGUGACUCAAGCGCGUCCUCCCAGCCAUGAGCAGCGAGCAGGACAAAUCAGCCAGGAGAGAAAAAUCCAAGACACCAGUCAGAUUUUUACCACAGUCAUCUACGGAUAAGUCAGCCAGCAAAGAAAAAUCCAAGACACUAGGAAGAGUUUUACCACAGUUGGCUACGGUGAGUACAAAGCCCCACUGGCAGCAGGCAGCUCCAUCAUUCCAUUUGAAUAUAAAACAGGAUGAUGAAAUUCCAGAGCCAUUUAGUGUUAAAAACGAGCAGUCAUAUGCUGAAUACCUGGAACACUUUGGAAAAAAGGGCAAAACAAUGGACCAAACUGAGGACAGUUAUGCCGGACCAUCUACUUCUAAAACCAAGAGCAAAUCUCUACAUAAAGAACGAGAAAACUUUAGAAGCACUCUGGUUAACAUCAUUAUGCAACAAGAUGCUGUGUUAGACUCAGCUAGCCCUGAUGAAAGCAUAUUUCCAAAACCGACCACUUCUGCAAUAGAGAAGGACAUCUUGAGAUAUUACUAUUAUAUUCACCAUGGAAUUGAUACAGACCAUGUAGCCCCAAUGGAAGAUUCUUGGCUAGAACAUGUAUUGAAUUUAGUCCCCCAACAUCUGAAAGUCCUCACCAACAGCAUACUUGCAUUAUCUGAUGAAAUGAGAGAAGAUUAUCAUCUUAGUGUAAAAAAAUCCAUAGUUGAUUUUGUUUUGAAAGAUCCUAGGGAAAAAGAAGAUGAUAAAAAAACAGAUGAAAUUCUACCCCAUCGUGCAGAAAUGGAAGUUCUUCCAAAACCUUGGAGGAAAUCUUUUUUAGCUGCAAGCAAUUAUAUUAAGGAUCACUUGAACACAAUGAACCCCACAAUGUUGGCUGUGCUAGAUUUAUGGCACAGUACUUUUAAGUGGUUUCCAGAAGUUCAGAAUAUUUAUUACCAAGGUAAUAAAAAAAAGCAAUUGCCAACUGGUGACAGCAGUGUCAAAUUGGAAUCUUUUUUCAACUGCGCUGCUACGCUUAUGACUUUACAGCUGCAAGAACUCACUUUGGUCUCCAUGCAGGAUUUCACAGACUUAAUAGCACAACCAUCAGAUUCUGUUAGAGCUUUCGAACAUCCAGGUUUCAUCAUGAGGCUGAUUCUUGAAAAUGACACCAUUAAGUUUGAACCUGAGUUCAGUGACUAUAUAGACAUCCUUCUAAAUGUUUAUGAUACCAUGAUUAAGGCUGUCAGUUUUGUGCCAAGAGUUGAGACAAAAUUGUAUUCCAAGUGGGAAAGUAAGUCUAAACCAACAACCUUGAAGCCAGUAAUUCUGAGUGAAAUUGUCAAAGCCCACAAAGAAAAGGUGAAGGAAGUAAUAAUGAGAGAGAGCGUGGCACCUACCGAACACCUCAGACUCUAUGACAAGUAUGACUUUCUGAUCACCAAAAAAGCUGAGCAAGAUGUUGAUGAUUUCCUUGAAGAAAAUCAUAGCUAUGAGAAAAUAAUACAAGAAAUUCGCAAAUACCAAAAACUAAUAGAGGAGAUACAGUACACAUCUAGAAAGACUGUUCGUUUAGGAAUGUUUGAAAUGCGCUGUGAGGAAUUAAUCAGAGCUUUGGUGAAGCGAGCAGAAAUUAUCUGUGGAAAACUUAUAGCUAAAAUGUUCCGAGAUCAUCAGGAAGUAAAUACAAGAUUAUGUGAUGAAUUUGAGAAGAUAGCUGAAAAAGCUCUUAGCACUCCUCCAAAUACAGCAGAACUAAUGGAAAUGAAGGCUUAUAUUCAGAAAGUAGAGACAACUGACAUGGUUGAACUGGGCCAGAGAUUGGUGGAUUCUAAAAACUGCCUCGCUUUCCUCAUUGAGUGCACAAACUUUUCUCCAGCAGACAUAAGGCUAAAUAAUAAUGUGUUCCAGUGGUAUGGAAGAAUGGAUGAAGUUUUUGAUGAGCACAGGAAAAUCAUUAAGGAGAAAACAGAACAAUAUCAAGAAGGCCUGAAGUUACGAUGUGAACGGUUUGUGGAGGAAUUGGAGAGUUAUGCUAAACAGGCCGAAGAAUUUUACUCCUUUGGAGACCUUCAGGAUGUACAGCGAUACCUGAAAAAGGCUCAAGCACUGAAUGGAAAGUUGGACUUAGCAGCAGAAAAGAUUGAGCAAUUUAAUGCUGAAGAAGAGGCGUUUGGUUGGCUACCAUCAAUAUAUCCUCAACGUAAAAAAAUCCAAGAUGGUUUGAACCCUUACCUUCGUCUCUACGAAACUGCUGUUGAAUUUAGCAACAAAUACCGAGGAUGGACUGAAGGCCCAUAUCAUAAGGUGAAUCCAGACCAAGUAGAAACAGAUGUUGGAAAUUACUGGAGAGGACUGUAUAAGCUGGAGAAAAUCUUCCACGAUUCUCCAAAUGCAUUGGCAAUGACAAAAAAAGUAAGAGCAAAGGUAGAAGAUUUCAAGCAGCACAUUCCUCUCAUUCAAGUGAUCUGUAAUCCUGGUUUGCGCCCCAGGCACUGGGAGGCCAUGUCCAACAUUGUUGGCUACCCACUGCAGCCAGCAGAUGACUCCACUGUCUUCACUUUUUUAGACAUGGAUUUGGAACCAUAUUUAGAUAGGUUUGAAGGUAUUAGUGAAGCAGCUAGCAAAGAAUAUUCUCUUGAAAAGUCCAUGGACAAGAUGACUAAUGAGUGGGAUACAAUGGAAUUUGUCAUUCUUCCUUAUAGAGAAAGUGGGACGUUUAUUCUGUCAUCAGUUGAUGAAAUUCAGAUGUUGUUGGAUGACCACAUUAUUAAAACACAAACUAUGCGAGGCUCUCCUUUCAUCAAGCCUUAUGAAAAACAAAUAAGAGAAUGGGAGAGCAAGCUCCUGCUGCUUCAGGAAAUUCUGGAUGAAUGGCUCAAGGUCCAAGCCACAUGGCUAUAUUUGGAGCCCAUUUUCAGUUCUCCAGACAUUAUGUCUCAAAUGCCUGAGGAAGGAAGACGAUUUACAACUGUGGAUAAAACAUGGAGAGAUAUAAUGAAAAGUGUUGUACAAGACAGACGUGUUCUACAAGUUGUAACUAUUGAGAGAAUGCUGGAAAGGCUGAAAAAAUCAAAUGAACUUUUGGAACUCAUUCUUAAAGGACUUAAUGAAUAUUUGGAAAAGAAACGUCUUUUCUUCCCCAGAUUCUUUUUCUUGUCUAAUGAUGAACUUCUUGAGAUACUGUCUGAGACUAAAGAUCCCACUAGGGUGCAACCUCACUUGAAGAAAUGUUUUGAAGGAAUUGCAAAAGUAGAAUUUACAGAAAUGUUAGACAUUACUCACAUGAAGAGUAGUGAAGGAGAGGUUGUGGAACUCACAGAGACCAUUUCAACGGCCAAAGCCAGAGGUCAAGUGGAGAAGUGGUUGGUUGAAUUAGAGAGAGUCAUGAUUAAAUCCAUCCACAAGGUAAUCAGAGCUGCAUUGCUUGCCUAUACACAAAAUAUGCGAAUUAACUGGGUGAGAGAUUGGCCAGGACAGACAGUGCUCUGUGUAUCUCAAAUCUUUUGGACGAUGGAAGUACAAACAGCUAUUUCAACGGGACAAGAGGCUCUUGAGCAAUACUUGGAAAAAUGUAACAUGCAAAUUGAUGAUAUUGUGACUUUGGUCCGUGGCAAAUUGUCCAAGCAGAAUCGUGUUACUCUGGGAGCCCUUGUGGUGCUGGAUGUCCAUGCUAGGGAUGUCCUCGCAUCACUUGUGAAAAAAAAAGUUAGUGAUGACUCUGACUUCGAGUGGUUAAGUCAGCUUAGGUACUAUUGGCAAGAGAAUAAUUUAGAAACAAAGAUGAUCAAUGCUGGCUUACGAUAUGGAUAUGAGUAUCUGGGUAAUUCCCCUCGGUUGGUUAUUACUCCACUCACGGAUCGAUGUUACAGAACCUUGUUUGGAGCCCUUCACCUGCACCUUGGAGGAGCACCUGAAGGGCCAGCUGGCACUGGAAAGACUGAAACUACCAAAGAUUUAGCAAAAGCAGUGGCCAAACAAUGUGUUGUUUUCAACUGCUCUGAUGGGUUGGAUUAUCUGGCUUUAGGAAAAUUCUUUAAGGGACUGUUAUCUUGUGGAGCCUGGGCUUGCUUUGAUGAGUUUAACAGAAUUGAUUUGGAAGUACUGUCCGUGGUUGCUCAACAAAUUCUUACUAUCCAAAGAGGUAUUAAUGCAGGUGUCGAUACACUAGUGUUUGAAGGAACUGAGUUAAAACUUGACCCCACUUGCGCUGUCUUUAUAACCAUGAACCCAGGAUAUGCUGGGCGAUCAGAGCUGCCGGAUAAUCUGAAGGCUCUCUUUCGGACAGUAGCAAUGAUGGUGCCUGACUAUGCCAUGAUUGCUGAAAUAGUCUUGUACUCCUGUGGGUUUGUCACAGCUCGGCCACUGUCUGUAAAAAUCGUGGCUACCUACCGCUUGUGUUCAGAGCAAUUGUCCUCGCAACAUCACUAUGACUAUGGCAUGAGAGCCGUGAAGUCCGUGCUCACCGCUGCUGGGAAUCUGAAGCUGAAAUAUCCAAAUGAAAAUGAAGAAAUUUUGCUGCUUAGAUCUAUUAUUGAUGUAAAUCUGCCAAAAUUUUUGUCCCAUGAUUUACCACUCUUUGAGGGAAUCACUUCAGAUUUGUUUCCUGGUGUGAAAUUACCAAAACCAGAUUAUAAUGAUUUGCUAGCAGCUAUCAAAGACAAUUGUGAAUCCAUGAAUUUGCAAAUGACCAGAUUCUUUUCUGAGAAGAUACUUCAAAUAUAUGAAAUGAUGAUUGUGCGUCAUGGUUUUAUGAUUGUUGGGGAACCGUUUGGAGGAAAAACCAGUGCAUACCGUGUCUUAGCUGGAGCACUAAAUGACAUAUGUGAAAAGGGGUUGAUGGAAGAGAACAAGGUUCAAAUCACUGUUCUAAACCCCAAGUCUGUCACCAUGGGUCAGCUGUACGGACAGUUUGACGUGGUGUCACAUGAGUGGUCCGAUGGUGUCCUCGCUGUCAGCUUCAGAGCAUUUGCUACUUCAACGACACCAGAUAGGAAAUGGUUAAUUUUCGAUGGACCAGUAGAUGCAGUGUGGAUUGAGAAUAUGAAUACGGUGUUGGAUGAUAACAAAAAGCUGUGUCUGAUGAGUGGGGAGAUUAUUCAGAUGUCACCACAAAUGAAUCUUAUUUUCGAACCAAUGGAUUUGGAAGUUGCUUCUCCUGCUACUGUUUCCAGAUGUGGUAUGAUUUACAUGGAGCCUCACAUGUUAGGCUGGAGACCACUAAUGUUGUCUUGGAUAAAUCUUCUACCUGCUGCGAUUAGUCUUAUUCAGAAAGAAUUUAUAGUAGGCUUGUUUGACAGAAUGGUCCCAGUUUCUGUUGAAUUUAUUAGAAAGCAUGCAAAGGAAUUAUCUCCUACUUCAGAUACAAACUUAGUCCGAUCCUUAAUGAAUCUAAUAGACUGUUUUAUGGAUGACUUUGCCGAUGAAGUCAAGGUGAGAGAGAGAAAUGAUCGAGAAACAUACUCUUUACUGGAGGGCAUUUUUCUGUUUUCAUUGAUCUGGUCCAUUGGAGCUUCCUGUAAAGAUGAUGAUCGGUUGAAAUUUGAUAAGAUUCUUCGAGAACUAAUGGAAGGCCCAAUUUCCGAACUAACUCGAAAUAAAUUUAAAUUACUGAGUGGCAUGGAACAAACGUCUUCAAAAGCACUAACUGUCCCAUUUCCUGAAAAAGGAACAAUUUAUGAUUAUCAAUUUGUCACUGAGGGAAUAGGAAAAUGGGAACCAUGGGUAAAGAAAUUGGCAGAUACUCCUCAAAUUCCUAAGGAUAUGAUGUUUAAUGAAAUCAUUGUACCAACUCUGGACACGGUUCAAUGCUCUGCUUUAAUGGAAUUGUUGACCACCCAUAAAAAGCCUUCAAUAUUUGUAGGACCAACAGGAACUGGAAAGAGUGUUUAUAUUAUUAAUUUUCUUUUAAAUCAACUCAAUAAAGAAAUCUACAAGCCUCUACUAAUUAACUUCUCAGCACAAACUACAGCAGCUCAAACUCAGAAUAUUAUCAUGUCAAAAUUGGACAAAAGAAGAAAGGGAGUUUUUGGUCCUCCUUUGGGCAAGAGAAUGGUUGUCUUUGUAGAUGAUGUCAAUAUGCCCGCUCGGGAAGUAUAUGGGGCUCAGCCUCCCAUAGAGUUGCUUAGACAAUGGUUAGAUCACUGGAAUUGGUAUGACCUAAAAGAUUGUUCUAUGAUUAAACUAGUGGACAUUCAAAUCAUGUGUGCUAUGGGACCUCCAGGUGGUGGUCGAAAUCCAGUAACUCCCCGAUAUAUGAGACAUUUCAACAUUAUAACAAUCAAUGAGUUUAGUGAUAAAUCCAUGUUUACAAUCUUCUCUAGAAUCUUAACCUGGCAUUUAAAAAUCUGUUAUAAAUUUCCAGACGAUUUUCUAGAUUUGACCACACAAAUUGUUAAUGGUACGAUGGCUCUAUAUAAAGAAGCCAUGAAGAAUCUCUUGCCUACUCCAGCUAAAUCUCACUACUUGUUCAACCUCCGUGAUUUCUCCCGUGUCAUUCAGGGAGUUUGCCUGUCCAGACCAGAAACAGCAGAAACCAAAGUAGUGAUUAAACGUCUCUGGGUUCAUGAGGUCCUUAGAGUAUAUUAUGAUCGCCUUCUGGAUAAUGCAGAUAGAAGUUGGCUUAUCAACUACAUUCAAGAAAUUUUGAAAAAAUACAUGGAUGAAGAUUUUCAUGAGCUUUUUCAGCACUUAGAUUUCGAUAAUGAUGGCGUGGUGGAAGAAGAUGACUUGCGUAGCUUAAUGUUUUGUGAUUUUCAUGAUCCCAGGCGGGAGGACACCAACUACAGAGAAGUUGAGGAUGUGGAUAAUCUUCGGGUGAUAGCAGAAGCUCACCUAGAAGAAUACAACAAUAUGAGCAAAAAACCCAUGAGCCUUGUCUUGUUCCGAUUUGCCAUAGAACACAUCAGCAGAAUUUCCAGGAUCCUGAAGCAGCCUCGCAGCCAUGCUCUUCUGGUUGGUGUUGGAGGGAGUGGAAGGCAGUCUGUCACCAGAUUAGCUGCCCACAUGGCUGACUAUUCAGUUUUUCAGGUUGAAAUCUCCAAGGGCUAUGAUACUUCUGAGUGGCAUGAGGAUUUAAAAGUGAUCUUAAGGAAAUGUGCCGAAGGUGAGAUGCAGGGUGUCCUCCUGUUUACAGACACUCAGAUAAAAAGGGAGUCAUUUCUAGAAGAUGUCAACAAUCUACUGAAUGCCGGGGAGGUUCCAAAUCUCUUCGCGUUAGAUGAGAAGCAGGAGAUAUGUGAUAAGAUGCGUCAGUUAGAUCGCCAACGGGAUAAAACCAAACAAACAGAUGGAAGCCCCAUAGCUCUUUUCAAUAUGUUUAUUGAUCGCUGCCGCAACCAGCUGCAUGUGGUCCUCGCCAUGAGUCCCAUUGGAGAUGCAUUCCGGAUCCGCCUUAGGAAGUUCCCUGCUCUUGUUAACUGCUGUACUAUUGACUGGUUUCAGUCAUGGCCUGAAGAUGCACUCCAGGCAGUUGCCUCACGCUUCUUGGAAGAAAUUGAAAUGUCAGAGGAAAUACGAGAAGGCUGUAUCAACAUGUGUAAAAGCUUCCACACUUCUACUAUAGAUUUAUCUACAUCCUUCUAUGUUGAACUUCAAAGAUAUAAUUAUGUGACUCCUACCUCUUAUCUUGAAUUAAUCUCCACCUUCAAAAUCUUGUUGGAAAAAAAAAGAAGUGAAGUCGUGAAAAUGAAAAAGAGGUAUGAAGUGGGUUUGGACAAACUGGAUUCUGCCGCAUCUCAAGUAGCCACAAUGCAAAUUGAGUUGGAGGCGCUACAUCCUCAGUUAAAAGUUGCUAGCAAAGAGGUGGAUGAAAUGAUGGCAAUCAUUGAGAGGGAGUCUGUAGAAGUUGCCAAAACUGAAAAAGUAGUGAAAGCUGAUGAAACAAUAGCAAAUGAACAAGCUAUGGCCGCCAAAGCCAUCAAAGACGAAUGUGACGCGGACCUGGCAGAGGCCCUGCCCAUCUUGGAGUCAGCCCUGUCUGCCCUGGAUAUUCUCACUGCGCAGGACAUUACAGUGGUAAAAUCCAUGAAGAGUCCUCCUGCUGGUGUCAAGCUUGUUAUGGAAGCUAUAUGCAUCUUGAAAGGCAUCAAAGCUGACAAAAUCCCUGACCCAACAGGUUCAGGAAAAAAAAUAGAAGAUUUCUGGGGUCCAGCUAAGAGACUUCUUGGUGACAUUCGAUUUCUACAGUCACUUCAUGAAUAUGACAAGGACAACAUUCCUGCAGCAUAUAUGAGUAUCAUAAGAAAAAAUUAUAUUCCAAAUCCAGAUUUUGUUCCAGAAAAGAUUAGAAAUGCUUCCACUGCAGCCGAAGGUCUGUGCAAAUGGGUCAUAGCAAUGGAUUCGUAUGAUAAAGUGGCAAAAAUAGUAGCUCCUAAAAAGAUAAAACUGGCUGCUGCCGAAGGGGAGCUUAAAAUUGCUAUGGAUGGUCUUCGUAAGAAGCAGGCCGCCCUGCGCGAAGUUCAGGACAAGCUGGCCAAGCUUCAGGAUACCCUUGAGCUGAAUAAGCAGAAGAAGGCUGAUUUGGAAAACCAGGUUGACUUGUGCAGCAAAAAGCUAGAAAGAGCCGAGCAGCUGAUUGGAGGCCUUGGGGGUGAGAAAACACGCUGGAGCCUUACAGCUUUGGAGUUGGGGCAGUUGUACAUCAACCUGACAGGUGACAUCCUCAUUUCCUCAGGAGUUGUUGCUUACCUGGGUGCCUUUACAUCGAGCUAUCGACAGAACCAAAUCAAGGAGUGGACAAAUUUGUGCAAAAGCAAAGACAUUCCCUGCUCUGAUGAUUAUUCUCUUAUGGGUAUCCUGGGAGAAGCUGUGACAAUUCGAACCUGGAAUAUUGCUGGGUUACCUUCCGACUCAUUUUCCAUUGAUAACGGGAUCAUCAUAAUGAAUGCAAGAAGGUGGCCUCUGAUGAUAGAUCCUCAAGGCCAGGCUAAUAAAUGGAUCAAGAACAUGGAAAAAACCAAUAGUCUUCAUCUGAUUAAAUUAAAUGAUCCUGACUAUGUCAGGACUCUGGAAAAUUGCAUCCAGUUUGGUACCCCUGUGUUGCUAGAAAAUGUUGGAGAAGAACUAGAUCCUAUUCUGGAACCUCUUCUACUAAAACAGACCUUUAAGCAGGGUGGGAGUACAUGUAUCCGACUUGGGGACUCUACCAUUGAAUACGCACCAGAUUUCCGCUUCUAUAUUACUACCAAGCUAAGAAAUCCUCAUUAUCUUCCUGAAACAUCAGUAAAGGUAACAUUAUUAAACUUCAUGAUCACUUCUGAGGGAAUGCAAGAUCAGCUGUUGGGAAUUGUGGUGGCACGAGAGAGGCCAGACCUUGAAGAAGAAAAACAAGCCUUGAUACUGCAAGGAGCUGAAAACAAAAGGCAGUUAAAAGAAAUAGAAGACAAGAUUUUAGAAGUUCUUUCAUCUUCGGAAGGCAAUAUAUUAGAAGAUGAAACCGCUAUUAAGAUAUUAUCUUCCUCCAAGGCUUUGGCUAAUGAGAUUUCUCAAAAGCAGGAAGUAGCAGAAGAGACAGAGAAGAAGAUAGAUAACACCCGCAUGGGCUAUCGGCCUAUUGCCAUCCAUUCCACCAUCCUGUUCUUCUCCAUUGCUGAUCUAGCUAACAUCGAGCCCAUGUACCAAUACUCACUGACCUGGUUUAUUAACCUUUACAUCCUGUCUAUUGAAAAUUCAGAGAAAUCAGAGAUUUUAGCAAAAAGGCUUCAGAUUCUGAAGGAUCACUUUACUUACUCCCUGUAUGUUAAUGUCUGCCGAUCGCUCUUUGAAAAGGAUAAGCUACUCUUUUCCUUUUGUCUAACUAUAAAUCUGCUACUACAUGAACGUGCGAUUAAUAAAGCUGAGUGGAGAUUUCUGCUGACUGGUGGCAUUGGAUUGGAUAAUCCUCAUGCCAACCCUUGCACAUGGCUUCCUCAAAAAUCAUGGGAUGAAAUAUGUCGACUGGAUGAUUUACAUUCCUUCAAAACCAUUCGUAGGGAGUUUAUGCACUUAAAGGAUGGAUGGAAAAAAGUAUAUGAUAGUUUGGAGCCACAUCAUGAGGUUUUUCCUGAAAAUUGGGAAGAUAAAGCAAAUGAGUUUCAAAGGAUGCUUAUCAUUCGUUGCUUGAGGCCAGACAAGGUUAUUCCAAUGCUGCAAGAAUUUAUAAUCAACAGAUUGGGGCGCACAUUCAUUGAGCCACCCCCCUUUGAUUUAUCCAAGGCAUUUGGAGAUAGUAACUGCUGUUCACCACUGAUUUUUGUGCUUUCUCCCGGAGCAGAUCCCAUGGCUGCCCUUCUAAAAUUUGCUGAUGACCAGGGAUAUGGGGGAUCAAAACUUAGCUCUUUAUCUCUUGGUCAAGGCCAAGGGCCCAUAGCUAUGAAGAUGAUAGAAAAAGCUAUCAAGGAAGGAACAUGGGUUGUUCUUCAGAAUUGUCACCUUGCCACCUCUUGGAUGCCAACCCUCGAGAAAGUUUGCGAGGAGUUAAGCCCAGAAUCCACACAUCCAGAUUUCCGCAUUUGGCUGACAAGUUACCCAUCACCAAACUUCCCCGUGUCUGUCCUGCAGAAUGGCGUGAAAAUGACCAAUGAAGCACCGAAAGGUUUACGAGCUAAUAUCAUUCGAUCAUACCUCAUGGACCCAAUCUCUGACCCGGAGUUCUUUGGCAGCUGCAAAAAGCCUGAGGAAUUCAAGAAAUUACUUUAUGGUCUCUGCUUCUUUCAUGCUUUGGUGCAAGAGAGACGGAAAUUUGGACCCCUGGGGUGGAAUAUUCCUUAUGAGUUCAAUGAGACUGACCUAAGAAUCAGCGUACAGCAACUCCACAUGUUCCUGAACCAGUAUGAGGAGCUGCCUUACGAAGCUCUGCGGUACAUGACAGGUGAAUGCAAUUACGGAGGCAGGGUGACUGACGACUGGGAUCGGCGCACCCUGCGCAGCAUUCUGAACAAAUUCUUCAACACAGAAUUAGUCCAAAACCCAAGCUAUAAAUUCGACUCAAGCGGCAUCUAUUUUGUUCCUCCUUCUGGUGAUCACAAAAGCUACAUCGAAUACACAAAGACUCUGCCCCUGAACCCUGCACCGGAAAUCUUUGGGAUGAAUGCCAAUGCAGAUAUCACUAAAGAUCAGUCGGAAACUCAACUGCUGUUUGAUAACAUUCUUCUCACACAGGUAUGUGCUUGGUGCAGGAACUGGCUUCUGAGGCUGGAAUGGAUGCUGCCCAAGCAGCGUGGGCCAUCUGGUCAAGUACAGAACCAUUUUAAGGAAAAGACAAAAAUUCCCAUAUACCUUAAAUAUGAAUUUAAACAUUAA